AUGCACAUCGGAAUAGCUCUAUUAAUUAGUGCCCACCAAACAUGGGGAUACGUCGCGCAGAAUCCUCCAGAUCCGACAUGCACCCAGACAACGGUGGCCAUCUUGGGAGGAGGAAUGGCAGGGAUCGCAGCGGCCCAAGCGCUAAACAAUGCUUCCAUUACCGAUUUUAUGAUCCUAGAAUACAGAAAUACCCUCGGUGGGCGGGUCUGGCAUACAGAUUUCGGUGCCGACAAGAACGGGAACCCGUAUGUGGUUGAGUUUGGGGCGAACUGGGUGCAAGGUGUCGGAUCAAACACCACAGGAGUAGAGAAUCCUAUCUGGAGUUUGGCCCAAAAAUAUCAUCUCCAAAAUACCCUCUCCGACUACGACUCGAUCGUCACGUACGACGAAUCCGGAGCCACCGACUACCAUGGCAUACUGGAAGCAUACACUCGAGCGAAGAAGAUCGCCUCGCAGGACGCGGGACGCAUUCUCACGGACAACGUACAGGAUCAGACGGCGCGCACCGGACUGGCGAUGGCGGGAUGGCGACCGCGAAUGGACGACAUGAAGGCGCAGGCGGUGGAAUGGUGGAAUUGGGACUGGGAAGAUGCAUCCAGCCCGGAAACCAGCUCAUUUGCAUUCGGAAUGGCAGGGGAAAACCUCACAUUCAACCAAUUCGGCGAGUCGAACCAUCUAGUGGUUGAUCCACGAGGAUACAGCAGUAUCAUUGAGGGCGAAGCUUCCAGUUUGCUCAGAGACAACGAUCCCCGCCUACGUCUCAGCACCCGCGUCACAGAUAUCGAAUACUCCCCACGGGGAGUACGCAUCACCAACGCAGACCACACCUGCGUGGAAGCUGCCUACGCCAUCUGCACAUUCUCCCUCGGCGUGCUCCAGAACCAGGCGGUGCAAUUCCACCCUUCACUCCCCCCCUGGAAACAGACAUCGAUCCAUAAAUUCAACAUGGGGACAUACACGAAACUUUUCCUCCAAUUCAACGAAACCUUCUGGCCACCAGACACGCAGUUCAUGCUAUACGCAGACCCAACCACACGGGGCUACUAUCCUGUAUUCCAAUCCCUCAGCACGGAGGGCUUCCUCCCGGGAUCCAACAUCCUCUUCGCGACCGUAGUGCAGGACCAGGCGUAUCGCGUAGAACGACAAUCCACCUUGCAGACGAAAUCCGAGAUCCUGUCCGUCCUGCGUCGGAUGUUUCCGCAUAAACGCGUCCCCGACCCUCUGGCAUUCACGUACCCCCGGUGGACAAAGGAGCCCUGGACGUACGGGAGUUACAGUAACUGGCCGGCUGGGACGACGUUGGAGAUGCAUCAGAAUCUACGCGCGAAUGUGCAUCGCCUGUGGUUUGCGGGGGAGGCGACCAGUGCGCCGUAUUUUGGGUUUUUGCACGGCGCGUGGUUCGAGGGACGUGAGGCGGGGGAACAAGUUGCAUGUUUAUUAAGGGGGCGUAGGACUGGAUGUGAGAGGAUUCAUUAUGAGAUGUUGCAUGGGACUACUCCUGGGGAUGCAUAUUCCGAGAGGAAUGGGUGGCCUGAAGUGCAUGAGGAGUUGUAG